AAUGUCUGAAUUAACCAAUGGAGUAGCUACUGAGGAUGAAAAUGUUUCUGGUGCGCAAGUAGAAGGAGAAGAGAGUGAAGCAACAUUACUUAAAAAGAAUCUCAAGUUGGAAAGCCAACAAGCCGAAGAAGACGAAGCAAACAAAGAAAAUGCUGAUGAAAAAACUGAAGAUCAAGUUCCAGAAAUAACUAAUGAAGAUCCAAUGACUACUUCAAUGGACGGUAUUGAAGAAAUUGCUAAUGAAGAACCUAAAGAGCCUGUUGAAGAUGAACAACCAAAAGAAAAUGGAUUAGAUAAAGCAGAAGAGGAAAAUACAGAAAAAGAUGCAGCAGAGAUUCCUGUAAGUAUACUUGAUGGUGGUGAGGAAAAGCAAGAGGAAGCACCAAAAGUUGAAGCAGAUUCUGCCGCGGAGUCAGUACCAGUAGCAGAAGAGGAACCAGCACCUGAAGAGCCUCAAACUGAAGAAGCACCACAAGAGGAGGCUGAUCCUCCUAAAGAAGAGAGUGUGGCGGAACCUGAACAUUUUGAAUUGCAGGCACCGCCAGUACCAAAACGACCGAGGACACCCAACGAAUUGGAUGAACCACAACCAGAGUCAGAGCAAAAGUCUGAGAGUGAACAGCCUGUAGAUGAACAACCACAGGAAGUGGGUGAGAAGGUGGAAGGUGGCACCUUGAUAAAUGGAAUAAUUGAGUUUCCGCGCCGCGAAAGUGCUUCCAAACAAAGCACUAUUGCCUCUCCAAUCCCUGCAACUCCAAAAAGUGGUGCUCCUCCAACUCCAAAAAGUGGCGGUGCCCCCGCAACCCCAAAAAGUGGAGCAACUGCUACACCAAAAUCUACACGCAGUGGCAGAGCAUUCGACUUUAAUUCAAACAAAACUGGAGCAAAAAAGACAACCUUUGAAGAUGAAGUGCUUUCUGUAAAGUCACCAAAGUCGAGAGGUUCAAAAUCACCAAGAAGCCCCCGAACACCAAAAACCCCAACAAGUCAAGUAGAAGAACCCAAACCAGAAGAAACUGAAGACCCUCCAACUGAAAAUGAAGUUGCUGAUUCCGAUGCCGGAAAACUAGCAGCUGAAGAGGAAGAAAGACAACGCCAAGCUUCGUUUGAAGAACGUCAAAGAGAAAGGGAGGAAGAAGAGGCCCGGUUUAAACGUUUAACUAGCUGGGACCGUGGGGAAGAUGGAAUGCCUAAAGAAGAAACUAAAGAGGAAUCAAUUAGUGAACAGAAGGAAGAUACAAUUGCUGAAGAUGUUGAGAAAGAAAGUGUUAAGGAAGAGUCAAAAGCAGAAGAAUCACAACAGGAAGAGCCACCAGCACCCGAGUCUGAAGCUGGGGAGCAGACUGAAUCAAAGGCUGAAGAGCCGGAACAAACAGAGUCAAAAGCUGAAGAGCCAGGAGAUCAGGAAGAACAGGAGAAACCACCGCGUGAUGAAUUGGAAGGUUCCCCAGCACCGCCACCACCACGUCCAGAGCGUUCACCUUCACCUGUGUCCUUCCGCCGAGAGCCAGCCAGCCGCGAUUAUAUGCCUUAUGAUCAGGACCUAAAAGCCGAAACAAAGCCAGCAAGAAUGCCAGCUGGCGAGUCUUUCUCAUCCUGGACUGCUGCGGACCGCGAUUCUUACAAGCCAAUUUCGCCAUGGGUUGAUCGCUCCAGCAAAUAUCGUAAUGAGUACACAGUUGGUGAACCGCCAGCAGCACCAGCAGCCUAUACUGCCUUCUUUGAUGAUUUAGUGACUAGUGGUCCAUUCGCUUCUUCCCUGUAUUCUACUUCACGAUUGUUAGAACGUUCUCGUUCUCGCACACGAGAACGCCGCCAUGCUUUACGUUCGCAGAGCCAAGCCAGGAAUUAUUACAAGUCUGUGGUUGAGUCAACAAACCCGUUGUUUCUUUACCGAUUUGCCUCUCAACUGCCAGCUCCACUUCGUACACGUGAUUAUUCUACUCCACCCUCUUCUUUAAUUAGCCGUGCACCAACUGCUGGAAGUUCCUACACAUCUUUUAUGGAUUAUGCUGGUGCCAAACAAUUUGAGAUGGCACGUAGUCAAUCGCUUCAACGAUCACCCCUUUAUCAGAGUAAUUUGGCAUUGAGCAGAUCGACCUCUCGUGGCGGAAUUGAUUAUUAUCUUGGUACUGGUCGCUCUUCUCGUGUUGACAGCUAUGUCGACAGUCUUCAUCGACCAUAUGAUUGGAAUGUUCCUAGCAAUUAUGAGACGUAUCGCGCCUCAAAUCGUGGUCAAAUAGGUUUCGCUCCCCUUAGCAAUUAUCAGAGUUAUGUAGACACUCUUCAACGUAGUUUGUCUAGGGAACGUUAUGAAAGAGAUAGGCUUCGCCAUAAAUACACAACUGUAAGCUAUCAAUUAGAACAAGCCUGUAAACAGAUGGAUUUGUUGCGUUCCUCCAACUAUUCUGCACUUCGCUCAGGUUCUGCUCCUCGAACCUCAGUUUAUGCUGGCUUCUAUCCUUACAGUUAA